AUGCCGAUCACUAGCGAUAUCACCCUCGAAACCUCCAAGUUCCAGCCGGAGAAUGUUACGGAGGCAACAAAGCAAGCCGAAGCUCUCCUGGAAGGCAUCACCAGCAAAGGGCCCCGAUGGUGGGAGGUAGGUAUCACAAAAUAUCGUGAGAUGCGGGAACUUGGUCAGACGCCGCUGCCCAUGCCCGUCCACCUCCCGGGGGCUACUGAUAGCACUGUUCCUUCACGCGAGGCUGGUCGUGAGAUCCCAAUUCGUGUUUACAAGCCUGAUAAUGGCCAGCCCAGCAAAGGUGUCUUCCUGCACUUCCACGGUGGUGGUUUCGUGCUGGCAACGCACAAGGAUUCCGAUAGCAGCCUCCGGGCAUACGCCAACGAGUGCCAGCUAACGGCCAUUUCAGUGGGAUACCGUUUGGCCCCCGAGCAUCCCUACCCGGCGCCCGUACAAGAUGCCAUCGAUGCCGCCGAGUACAUGGUGGAUCAUGCGGCGGAGGUGUAUGGCGGCCCCCUCCAAUUUAUCAGUGGAGAAUCAGCGGGAGGCUGUCUGGCCACUCUAUCAGCCUUACAUCUAAUGCGGUCACGGUCUUCUUUCAAAUUGUCCGGUCUCAUUCUGCCUUACAGCUUAUUUGACCUAGGUCUCGGGCUUCCGACAAUCGCAUCUUCGACUAGGCCCCUGAUGAUCAAUUUGGCAAUCAUGGAGCGGUUUAACAGCGCGUAUGUGCCGGAUAUGAGCACUGCCGAACGCAAACAUCCUUGUGUGUCCCCACUAUACGAGGACCUCCCAGCAUUGGUUGCCGCCUCCUCCGUAGGAUCGUUGCCCCCCCGCUCUCUUCCUUUGUGGAACUCUGGAUCCAUUGCUUGA